CUUGUGUAUGCUUUGGUUACAUCAUAAAAUCAGUUAUCAAUAUCAAAUACGUCAGUAACGUUUUAGUCCAAGUGUCAUUUGUCUUGCUGAUCCAAAAACUGAACAUUUACAUUUAAAUAUUGCUAGAAGAAUGGAAAAUUCAGAUGCAGUUACAAUUGAAGGAGAAAACUAUCAAGUAGUAGAUGAAUGUAUUGAAGAAGAGGAUACAGUUAAUAGUGCGCAACAUAAAUGUAUGAUAAAUGUAGAUGUAAGAAACGAAUCUAUAGAUGUUAAUAUAGGACAUAAUAAGAAUAUAAAUAUGAAAAAGAAUGAAGAUAAAAACAUAGAAAUGAAUGAAAAUAUAACAAGAAAAAAGAAUGAAGACACAAAUAUAAAAAUUAAUGAAGUUAUAUCUAUAAAGAAGAAUGAAGAUACAAACAUAGAAAUUAAUGAAGACAUAACUAUAAAGAAGAAUGAAGAUACAAAUAUAGAAAUUAAUGAAAAUAUAACUACGGAGAAGAAUGAAGGUACAAACAUAGAAAAAAAUAAAGAUAUAAAUCUGAAGAAGAAUGAAAGUAUAAACAUAGAAGGAAAUAAAAAUAUAAAUAUGGAGAAGAAUGAAGAAGUUCCAGUUACAAAUUUAACAGACGCUGUAUUAUCAGAUAAUUCAAAUUUCAGUAAUGAUCAAAAUAAUACAUCAAAUACAGAAAAUAAAUGUCUGGAACAAUCAAAUAUGGAGUCAAUUGACUUUACUGCUGAUAUUUCUUUAGAGCAAUUAGAUGAACAAAAAGAUAUAACAGAUGAAGAUGUCUUACAUCAUUUAGAUGAAAUUGAAAAUAUAGUUUUAGAUUCUACAGAUUUCCAAUUACAAGAAAAUACUUUAGUAGAAGAAAACACAGAAAAUCAAUUUCCCAAUUCAAAAGAUGAAUUUGUUAUAAAAUGUGAAAUUCCUAAAGACAUUAAUACUAAUACAGAAAUAUUACAUACUGUCGAUAAAGAUAAUAAACAGCAAAUAAAAGUGGAGAAAUCUAAAAUGGAUGAUUGGUACACACAAAAGCUUCUCGGAAAAGAGACUAUCAUAAAAGAACGACUUUCAAAAGUAGCAAGAGUUUUAGCAAUUUCAUAUCCAUGUUAUGAAAAAUGGUUAGAAUAUGAAGAAAAAGUAAAUGGAUCUCCUCUUUGUAAGUUAAAGCCGCCUCGACGCUGUUGCUUAGAUAAACCAUAUACUAACCGUUGGAAGUUCAUCUGCAACAGAAAGAUGGUACGUGACUCCAUAACAAGAAUGAACAAUUCUGAUUCCUCUUUUAACAAAAAUAGAGGAGUAGUUUGGAAAGUAGAAGCCAGUGGAACUUGGGCUACAAAUAUAAAUAAUGAAUCUCAGUUUCCAUCCUUUGUACUACGUGCUGUAAAAAUAUUUGAAGACUUUCUUCAAACAACAGAACAAUUGACUUCAAACAAUUCCAUGGAUGAAAAUUUCUCUGAUGAUGUAUCUAUAGAUAUAGAAUUAAAAAAAGACAUAAAUAAUGAAGGAAAACAAAAUUGGUUAUGGCUGGUAGUACGUUGUAAUAGUAUGGAUGAGCUUAUGUUAUUUGCAACUGGAGAAAACAUUAGUCGUUCUACAAUGGAUAGAUUGAAGCAAGUUUAUGAAUCUGGACCUGGAAAAGAUUGCAAUGUCAAAUCUCUAUACUGCAAGUCUACAAAUAAGUACAACGAUACUACUGUCACAGAUACAACAUUUUUAGUAGGAUCAGAAGCUUUGGAUGAAAUUGUUGGGGGAUUAAAGGUGCAACUCGCACCUAAAACAAAUUUUUGGUCUAAUACUGCAGGAGCAGAAAAUGUAGCAAAUGCAGUAAUAGAUUUACUUGCACCUACUCGAAAAAUAACAGUACUUGAAAUAGGAUGUGGUAUUGGUUUUAUCGGAUUAAUGAUGGCAUCUAAAUGUCAACAUGUCAUAGGAGUGGAUUCUCCAUCAGAAGUUGAAGAAGCUGAAAUGACAUGCGAAUUAAAUAACAUAAAAAAUGCUUCCUUUAUAAUGGGAUCUCCUGCUGAAGUAACAACAAAAAUUAUUGCAGCAGUAAAAAAUCGUAAGACGUGUGCAGUAAUCAAUGCAAAUACCAAUAUUGGUAGAGCAAUUGAAGUAAUGACAGCUUUAAGAAAAAUUCCAUCCCUUAAACGGAUAGUAAUGAUAACUACAUUAACCAAACAAUCAGUGCGCGCUAUAUUAGAAUUAGCUCGACCUGGAGAUCAUAAUCAUGGAUUAGCAUUUAUUCCUAUUUUGGCAUAUGUUGUUGAUACUUUACCUGUUGGUCCUCAUUUUGAGGCAGUUAUUUUAAUGCAGCGACGAAUGAUAAACAAAUUUAAUCAACCAUGGGUUCAAAAAGCUAUGGAAGAAAGUAUACAGAAUUCAGAAAUCAAAAUUAUUCAAGAAAAGGUAGAUGAACAAAAUACUAAUGAAGCAGAUAGAAAACCACCAGGCAAGGGAACUGAAUUACAAACUAAAAUGAACUGUAAUGAAUCGUUAGUAAAAAAUCUUGUUAAAAAAUCAAAAAUAGCAAUGAAGAAAGCAUUUUAUACAAAAACUGUGGAAAAUUCAUUUGCAAAAAAUAAAUUCAAAGGAAAGCGUUCCCAUUCUCCAGACAGGGGUGAAGCACCACCAAAAAAAUUGAUAAAGAAAUUUAAUAAAUUAAGUUCCAAAUCAAAGCAUGCAGAUUUAGCAGCAAAAAAGAAGAGAGACUGGAAAACAGAAAGUUCACAAUUGUGUCCUAAUCCUUUAUAUGAAAAGAAAAUACGAGAACCUAAAGAACAAACUGAUUUGAGAGAAAGAUUAUCCAAUAAUCGAGUAAAUACAGAUAUUGCUCAAACAGUAAAAGAGCAUCAGGCUCUCUUAGAAAUAGCAAAAGAGAAAUUAAGCGGACCAGCACCAACUGUUGAUGUAAAUACAGCAAAACAACUACAAAAUAUGUUAAAUAUGGUUUUAGAGCAAACAAAUGAACUUCAAACUCAACUUUCUCGUUCUGUUUGGAAUCGUAUUGCUUCUUCGGGAAAUAUAUAUUCGGAUCAAAGGGAAAAUAAACAAGAUGAUCCUCUUUUGAAAGGUCGUUAUGUGCAAGAAAUGGAUUUUCAAGAUAUUUUAAUCACGAUGCCAAAUAAGAAAUUUUUAAAUGAUGAAGAGUCUGUAACAAAACCAGUUUACAAGAAAUAUAAUAAUUUACCACCUUUAGAACCAAAUACAAUUAUGCCAGUAGCAACACCAAUUAAUCAUAAAGAAGAAAAACCAUUUCGUAUCACACCAGAACGACUUUCCAGAUCAUUUAAAUCUGAAAUAAACCAAAAUCGAGAUAAAAGUUUUGAAAAAAAUCAUUGGAACGAAAUCGAAAGUAUAAAAAAAGAAAUUUCACCUAUGAAAAGACAAAUGUCUCCAUCAAUACAUUGUAUAACUCCUCCAAAAAGACAUUCUCCUAAACGUCCAUUAUUGUCACCUCCAAGACGUUCAUGUUCUCCUCCAAGGAGACAUUUUUCUCCCCUUCAUCGUGCUAUCUCACCUAUCUAUAGACAGCGGUCUCCUUUAAGGUGUGAAAUAUCUUCGUUACGACGACCAAUGUCACCGAGUCGAAUGUCACCAUUAAGACAACCUGUAUCAGCAACACGACGAACUAUGAUGGCUAUGUAUCAUCCAAUGUCACCAUUAAGGCAACAACUAUCACCACGACAAAUGUCUCCCAUGAGGUCCACUGUAUCUCCCAAUAGACAAUCACCACCACUGAAACGACCAGUGUCUCCUUUAAGAAGACAGAUUCCAUCUCCGAAUCGAAUAAUGUCUGCUAAUAGGCAAGUAAUGUUAAUGUCUAGGAGACAAGCAAUGCCACAAGAAAGACAACAGACGUCAACAAUGAGACGUACAGAAUCACCACAUAGAUUAAUGUGUGAACAUUCUACAUUACCAUCAAGACAACAACAGUCUCCUCAAAGACGGCAAAUGUCAUCGCCAAGAUUUGCCGAUGAGUGGGAUAUACCAAGUAGAGGAGCUAUUGAACAAACUACUUGGACUCGCCCCGUUGACAGAAUGUCUGAACAAAAUGUUUGGCAAAAUGAAAAAACUCCAUUAUCUAAUAAUAAUUGGGAACAAACUACAUGUAAUGAUAGACAUCGUAAAACUUUUAAUCAAGAAAAGUGGGAUAAUGUUAAAGAUUCUGUUCGUAAUGAUACUUGGAAUAAUGGCGGGAAUACUUGGAAUUCCAAACAAAUGUGUACAAAACCUAUAAUGAAAGAAACAUGGUCAUCAAAUUGUACUAAUAGAUGGUCAACUACGCCCAUGCCUGGCAGUAGUAGCGAUAACUGGAAUAUUCGCGAGAAAGAAAGUUUUACUUCUUGUAAAGAACCUUGGAUGGAAAAUAAAAAGCAAGCUAGAUGGGAAUCAUUGACUAUUAAAGAUUCUUGGAAGCUAUGUGAGAAAGAAGAUUUAAAUGACUUACCAGAAGAUGCAAAAGAUCCUUGGGGAGAUGAUGGUACUUCAGAUUUAAAAGAAAGAUGGCGUAAAUCUGAAAAUACUAGUACAUCAUCUACAUGGGCAAGAGAGAGUGAACAAGGGGCAGAACCAUGGAAAAAACACAAUAAAGAUAAUUGGCAAAAUAAGGGAUUAUCGUUUGGUUCAAAACCUCAGUGGCAAAAUAAUAAUAUUCAAAAUAUUGAAAAAUCACGUUGGCUACCUCAAAAUGAUGUGAAAAAAACUACAUCUACUGGUUGGCAAAAUAAAAGUACUGUAGGAUCUUGGCAAUUUCAAAAUUCAAAUUUUCAAUCACAACGUCCUUUUUCUACAACUCAGUUCAAAGAUUCAUAUUAAAAUUUGUGUUUUUUAAUUUAAUGUUAAUUAUCAACAAUGUAAUUUGUUAUAUGUGUCACA